AUGCCUUCUUUGCCGACUUCAACGAGCACGACUCUGGUGCUGCCCCCGCACGAGUCUUUCGGUCUCGUGCUCACACCCCCUACAUCGGGCGUCGUCAAAGAUGGUCUUAUCGUCGAGGACGUCACGAAUCCUCGCUUGAAAUACCAAGUGAAGGCCAACGACGUAGUUGCUGCCAUCAACGGUGUCCCGUUCCACGGACUCCGAUGGGACCAGGCCGUCAAAAUCAUCCAAACAACACCACGACCGUAUGCGCUGACCUUUCUGCAUUCACUCUCCUCGCCGCUCUUCACACCAGCGAAGCGCGAGCCGCCGUCGUACGUAGCUGUCGUCGAGCGCGGCGUGCAGUUUGCCGACGCAGCCAUGCACGGUAUUAACGGCGCUGUUGUCCACCACCUCACACCCGAGGCCAAGGCCGACGGAAUCCUCGCAACAGGCGAUGUCCUCUACAAGGUGGGCGAGAUCAAUGUGCUCUUCCGGCCGUAUUCGGUGGUCAUGGGCAUCGUUGCCAAGGCUGCCCGUCCAAACGUCCUGCAAUUCAUCCCUCACGCCUUGGUCGCCGACACGGUGCGCUCGACGCUGCCGGCGAGAGCUCGUGUGCAGCUAGCCAAUUUGAAACGCGAUGCGAUGCCCGAGGUCGUGUCCGACUUGGCCAGUUUUCACCAGAUACAUGGGUCGCUCAAGGAGUGCCAACUGCGCCGCUCAGACGUCAAGACGUCCUCAAGUAAUCGCUGCCGCGUAGACGGCGCUACCGUCGUGCCGCCUCCGUACUGA